AUGAAGUUCGCUGUCCUUGCGUUUGCUCUCGUCGCCACUUUGGUGGCCGCUGCACCUGCCGAUCAGCUUGACAAGCGUCAACUCGGUAUCGGAGGCGGUCUUGGAGGCGGUCUUGGUGGCGGAGGUCUAGGCUCAGGCGGCUUUGGAGCAGGCGGUCAGCAAUCCUCCAGCUCGGAGCAGUCCAGCCAGACUCAGCAGUCCUCAGGCGGCCUGGUCGGUGGUGGCGGAGGUGUAGGAGGUGGUCUGGGCGGUGCAGGCCUUGGCGGUGGCAUCCGCCCACCGUUCUAA